GGGGCCCAUAGAGAUUUUUUUUAUAUUGACUAGAUAUGGGCCAUAAACUAGUGUAAACUAGUGUUUUGAAUGUUCUUUCAUGAGCUGUCAAAAUUAGUCUAUGUCAAUAACGUUCUCUCGAGGGAGAAAAUAUUGUAGAGCCUGAAAAUGAAACGUGGAGCGCUAAUUGUUAUCGAGGGUGUGGACAGAACUGGGAAAUCAACACAGGCCAGAACGCUUGUGGAAAAUCUAAAGAAGAAAAACGUCCAGGCAGAAUACACAAAUUUUCCAGCCCGAGACACAGAAGUUGGGAAGAUCAUAAAUAAUUAUUUACAACUUAAGAAUGAGUUAUCAGAUGAAGUGAUCCAUUUGCUGUUCUCUGCUAACCGAUGGGAGAGGGCUAAAAAUAUAAUAAAGACACUCGAGGCUGGUGUCACAGUCAUUGUAGAUAGGUAUUGUUACUCCGGAGUUGCAUUCUCAGCUGCUAAAGGUUUAGACUUAAAUUGGUGCAAGUACCCAGAUGUAGGCCUACCCAAGCCAGAUAAGGUGUUCUUCCUCACAAUGCCUGUUGACUCGAUCAAACAAAGAAAUGGAUUUGGAAACGAGAGGUAUGAAGUACUCAAUUUCCAGCACAAAGUGUCAGAAAUAUACUCAAAGUUAAAAGAGGAUAACUGGGAAAUUGUGGAUGCUAGCAGACCAAUUGACGUUAUCCAAGAAGAAAUGCUGAAACAGACCCUGAAUGUCGUAGAUGUUGCGUCAGAUAAAAAGAUAGAGAAACUCUGGAUACAAGGAUGAUACAAGCCAAUUUGAUAUACAGGGCGACUUGUAAUUCGUCGUAUUCCUCUCGGGAGGUGAUAACUAAUUUCCUACAAAAUUAGCCCUGAGGCCACUGGUCCGAAAGUGGCUAGUUUCUGAGAUAUUCAACAUUUUUUGUAAAACACCAAACCAAACUGGUUUUGAUAGUAAAAAACAGUAAAAACCAAGUGUUGAAUAUCUGGGCUAGUUUUGUAGGAAAUUUGGCUAAUGUUGUAUUGUCACCUCCUGAGAGGAAUACGUCGAAUUAUAAGUCACCUGUAUAUAGAAUUUAGAAAUAAGUACGCUUUUUAGAGAGCAGCAAUAAUAAUGUAGGGAAUAAUAAUGUACGGUUAAUAUCAGAGCAGCAAACUUGCCAAGUGCCUAGGAGGCCAGGUUAUAGAGGGGCGCUGCGAGACGCAACUCCCCAGAGUGUCGCAGCGCUAAAACAAUAAGAGGCAUCUAUGAAGUGCUUGCCUAGGGCGGGCGCUCUCUAGGUUUAUUCGAUUCUGGCUUAUAGAGUGAGGUCUGGUUGUCCAAUCACUAUAGUUUCUAAAGAUUAAACAUUCAAUUUGACAAUAAUUCUCUAUUGGACAAUCAGACCUCAUGCUGCAUUAACACCAUCUGGUGAGUAAAAAUGGUAUCAUCUUCAUUGUAAUAGCUUUAGGUAUAAUAUUUAGAUGAAUUUGUCCAAUCACAAAGCAUAUUAGGGAAUAUGCUUUGAGUUUCGAAGUACGAGUGUUAGUUUUAGCAUAAUGUCAAUUAGAAUACUUAUAACUCGAAUAAUUUAUGAGUUAGACUCUAUCGUUGUACGAGUGGUCGCUAUUGCGACUGCCGGGCGAGAGCCCUCGGGUUCGAUUGCUGGGUCGGGUAAAGUAUAACUGGUUUUUUUUUCAAUUUUUCAAAGAUUUCUCAGUAUUAGCACGUCGAAGUCGGCACACGAGUCUGGAAUUGUGCCUAGUAUAUGCCAAUAGGUAACUCCUAUUACAUCGGACUUAUACAAAAACGGGUGUGCACCCACUACUCCUACUCCUUCGGGGAUAAAAGGCGUGACGUUGCUUUUUAAUUCGUAUUUUUUUUCAUCAAUCAAUGUAUUAUCGUUCCUGCCCACGGUGCUGCCACCGUAGUGCCGCGUGUGUACCCGUGCAGUGUGACGGUGUGGUGGCAACACCGUGUGAAGGAACACUGAAUGUGUGUUGUCAUCAAUGCUUUAGAAAAUUAAAUAUUAUUAUUUUUGGA